AUGGCCUCAAGUACAGACACCUGCAUGCGGAGCGAGCACUUCCAAUCCCCUGCAAAAGAUCAAUGUCACCCACUUGAUGCCCCAGCUCUACAAGGAGUCCGCUGGGCCUUUAGCAUCCUAUUCCCUUUCUGGCUUGGGUGGGAGGAGAGCACCUCCACAGGUGAUGAAAGUUGGUUGGACUUUGGACGCCAUUGGUGCCCAGCUGGUUUGCUGAGCGCUUUGAUCGUUUGUGCGGCUGCACAUGCACACAGUGCUCGGGUUGCACUUGGCGAGGACGAGGAGAAGGAUCCAGGAUGGAACGUUGAUUGGCCCCGGGCACUUGGAUCUUGGCCUGAGCCCAAGAGUGUGUUUGGUGAGAGUUCGGGCAGGGCUAUUGAUUCGAUCUGA